AUGCGUGCUGAUGUGCCCUGCUUCUGCGCCCUCAUCACCAGUUCCAAGUCCUUCCUGUUACCCAUCCUGGCCGUCACCCUGGUCCUGGCUGGGGGCCCGGCAGUUUUGUCGUCUACGUGUUCAACAGACAAAAUCGACACCUCACUCAGUAAUGACCUGAAUAACAUCAACGAGACCUACCUGAAGCAGAAGGACUCGUGUUUUUGGGUGGCUGAAGUCGAUGGAGUGGUGGUCGGCAUGGUGGCUUGCCUUCCUGCUGAGAAUGCGCCUGCGUGUUUGGAGUUGAAACGCAUGUCUGUGCGCCGCACUUACCGCAGGAUGGGCAUCGCUAAGGCUCUGUGUCGGACAGUCGCUGAAUUUACUCGUGAACGAGGUUUUGCAGCCGUUUUGCUGGUCACCUCUGUGGUGGCUACAGACGCUCAGAAGCUGUAUGAGGACAUGGGCUACAAGAAGAUACGAGAGUUUGUUAUUCCUGAGCUUGCUGGCAAAAUCAUGAACUUCACUCUAAUAGAGUACAGACUGGAUUUACAGAGAGAGGGGAAAAGUGAAUGAGUCGUUAUUUAGCUGAAACCCUAAGGAACCAUUCAUUUCUGCAGUUUCUAUACUUACAUUUUGACGGUAUGCAUCGCCUCUAAAGGGAUAGUCCCGAUUGUUCGAAGUUGGGUUGUAGGAAGUACAGUAUAGCCCUUUUGGUCUGGAACUGAAGACGUUAAAUCAAUGUAUGCAUCGCCAAAGCCACCAGACUUCAUUUCCAAUGAAACAGUUCAAUUUCAGUUUUUGCAAAUGGAGUCAAAAAUAAAUGCCUGAGAGCAUGAUAGGGCAUGAAAAUAUAAAAAAUAUAACAUUCCUUUAAACUGAUAUUGAUAAUUUAAGUGGCUCAAUUACCUUUUUCUGAUGCCCCCGAUCACAGCAGUACACCAGGCUGGCACUAAACCAAGCUAUCCCUUUAGGUCUACAAAACACGGAUAACAGUAUCUACAUAAGGAACUGUUUACCCCACACACGCGUAGCAAAGGUUAGCCAUGUUUUCUUUUACGAUACGAUACUACUUUAUUUGUCAGAUCAAGUUUUGUUACAAACACACACGGGACAGAUUGAUCAUUAAUCCUUUCUUUUUAAUAGUUGACUGAAUGUUCGUGAUGAUGAUGUUUUGUGUUGAUUAAGCUACUUGAAUGUCAUUUUAUUAUUUAAUUGUGUAAAUGAUUUCCUUUCUACAUGAUAUUUACAAUAAACUGAUCAAUAAACAUAAUUCUACAAUUUG